CCUCUCUCUCCUUUCUUUCUCUCUCUCCCUCUCACUACUCAAAAGCUAUAGGGACCUCUCCCUAUCAUCAUCUCCCAAAAAAAAAGAAAAAGGAAAGUAAACUUUGUUUUAUAUUUUCAAAGCCUUACAGCUCCAACUCUGGUUCUUCUUUUAGCUCUUCUAUCAUCUACUGGGUUCCUUUCUUAGAGAGAGAGAGAGAGAGAGAGAGAGAGAGAGAUUUUUCUAUUUUAACUGCCCUUUUUCUCCUCUAUUUGUUUGCUGCUACAAGAAAUUUCUCAAACAAAGCCCGAGACCACAGCAGAGGUUGUUUUGGCUGCUGCCGCUUCUGCUGUGGCUGGCUUCUUCCGAGACCCGCCUAGAAAGGUAGGCUUCUCUGCAGGCUCUGAGUCUUUGACUGCUGUGUUUCUCAGUUCCCACAGAAGAAAGAAGAAGAAGAAGAAGAGUAAAUUGGGUUCCUUUGGCUUCAGCCUUAAAGAGCUAUCCCUCUCUUGAUCUUUCUUGUCUGAUGAAGAAAAUAUCAUAUUUUGAUAGGGUUCUCUGAAAAAAGAUGGAAACUUGAGCUGAUCACUCAUCGUCAGGGGUUGGGAUUAGGUAGGGCUUGUGGUUGAGAAAGGAAUAUUACUUGUGAGAGACAAGAGGUUGCUCUCUCAGAAGCUCACUCAACUCAAAGACUCAGAGCAGGCAAACCCCCAGGGAAAAAAAAAAAAAAAAAGAAGAAGAAGAACCAACCAGAGAGCACGGGUUGGGGUUUGGUGUGAAAAGAGGAAAAUAAUUGAUAUCACCUAACUGCUCUGAGAGCCGAAGAAAAAGGCCCCCACAACAUAAAUCUCCCAUGGAUGGUUAUGAAGCAACGAGGAUGGUCUUCUCAAGAAUCCAAAGCAUAGACCCUGAGAAUGCUUCCAAGAUCAUGGGUCUCCUCCUGAUCCAGGACCAUGGCGAGAAGGAGAUGAUCCGCCUCGCCUUCGGGCCCGAGGCCCUGCUCCACUCGGUCAUCCUCAAGUCCAGGAAGGACCUCGGCCUCCCCUCAAACUCACCCUCGAGUCCCUCCACUCCUUCCUCGCCUUCCCCGUUCCUCUCGACUAACCCCAUCGCCAUUGCCCGCCAGAAUUCUAGGCUGAGUUCUGCUUGCGGCGGUGGGGUCAGCUUCUCCCCGCCCCUAGCCAACGUCUCCAGCCCAUCCUCAUGGGCUGCUCUCUCUGAUAGUCUUCAGAGAAGAGAGGAGCUGGUCGAUUCUAACGGAUUCGGCGGCGUACAGAGCGGGUCUUCCUCUUCCAUCUAUGGGAAUGGAAGCAGCGACUCCAUGAUUGAUGAGUUCCAGCUGCAGGACCAGCUCUCUUUUCUCAACGACUGCUCUCCUCCCCUCGGCCCAAAUAACGCGGAACUCCUCUGCCCACAGUCGGACAUGCUGUCCUCUCCGACGGGCUGGGGCAGUUCUGUUCACCGUCGGAGCUGCUCCGUCAGUGAUGUGUGCCUGGGCUCUGAGGACCCUUCUUCGGGGAUUGGGUGGAAGCCAUGUCUGUACUACGCUAGAGGGUUCUGCAAGAACGGGAACAGCUGCAGGUUCUUGCAUGGUGGCGGGCUGGGCGACUCUGCCGCCGCAGUCCUGAUGGGCGGCCCUGACGGUGGUUCUCCGGUGGUCGGCUCUCCGAGUAAGGUGGACUUGAUGGGACAGUGCCAUGAGCUGCUUAGAUCCAAGUCAGCCCAGCAGCAGAGACUUGCUGCUGCUUCUCAGCUCAUGGGGGGUUCAUCUACUGCUUUCCCUUACUCUCCCAAGUCCCUCAACUUGCUUUUGCAGCACCAACAGAACGAUGCUCAGAGGGCGGCUGCUGCUUUGAUGAUGGGAGAGGAUAUCUACAACAAGUAUGGGAGAUCGAGACUCGAGAGGAACGAUUUCUCGAUGAAUGGAAUGACGAGCCCUGCCUCAAGACAGAUAUACUUGACUUUCCCUGCUGAUAGCACUUUCAGGGAAGAUGAUGUUUCCAACUAUUUCAGCAUCUAUGGGCCUGUGCAAGAUGUGAGGAUCCCGUAUCAGCAGAAGAGGAUGUUUGGUUUUGUAACUUUUGUUUACCCAGAAACUGUGAAGCUGAUUCUUGCCAAAGGAAACCCACACUUUGUCUGUGAUGCUCGAGUUCUCGUCAAGCCUUACAAGGAGAAGGGCAAAGUUCCAGACAAGUACAGGAAGCAGCAGCAGCAAGCGAUGGAAAGAGGUGAAUUCUCCCCGUGUGGUACUCCCACUGGGCUUGAUUCAAGAGCUGGACCUUUUGAUCUCCAUCUAGGGACUAGGAGUUUUUACAAUUCUCAGGACAUGAUGUGGAGGAGGAAACUAGAGGAGCAAGCAGAUUUACAGCAGGCACUCGAACUUCAGAGUCAGAGGCUGAUGAAUUUGCAGCUUCUCGAUGUGAAGAAGCAUCACCACCAUCGAGCCCUUUCCACAGGGUCACCCAUUCCUUCCCCGACUCAAGCAUCCAAUUUGUUCAAUCAGACCUUCGUUCUUCCGUCAAUUAGCAGUAGCCCAGGUUUCCAAGAAGAGAAUGGAUCUAUUCCUGCCUCAGCAAUUCCGGGGACUAAUGAUAAUCAGCCAAUCCACCCGAUUGUCACUUCCGGCACUGGAAAUGAUCCGAUCUGCAACGAUAAGAAUGGCAGUGACAAGGAAAGCUCCAAUAAUGAAGAUGGUGACUUGCCUGAAAGCUUGGAGCAUAAUCUACCUGAUAGCCCCUUUGCAUCUCCCGCUCCCACUAAUGCCUCCUCAGAUUACAACUCGGCUUUCUCAAGCAUGGUCAACGAGGUGGACCGUAAGGAGGCUUCCUCAGCAUCAUCUCCAGCUUUGACUAACAACAAUAUGGCCUCUCCAUCCCUAGUUCCAGCCGCCGCCGCUGUGGACAUGGCAUCCUUCAAAUCUUUUAAUUGUCAGAUGCCUCGAUUCUCCUCUGGUCAUGGAGCCAUUGGAAUGUAUGCUGGUGCCAGCGGCCCAACUUACCCAGUUGGCGUGUAGCUUAGCUCAGGGAGAGUGGACAAGGAAUAAAUAACCAAAGCAAACCCAUUGCAUCAGAUCGGAUCUCUGUAGAGAAUCUCCACCACCACCACCACCAUCAACACCACCACAGCAACCACAAGAGUGUCAUACGAUACUACUACUACUUACUACCAUACAAGAAAUGCAUACUUAAAAGGCAGCAAAGGAAGUGGGUCCCGCCAUUUCUUUUUCUUUCUUUGUACUAUCUUUCAUCACUUGCUUUUGCAGUAGCAAUAGGAGUUUGGACCACAGGUUUUUUUUUUUUUUUUAAAAAAAAAAAAGAGGACAGAAGAAAACAAUGGAAGACCACAGGAAAAUCAGAAAUUGAGAAGAUGAGUAGAAGCAGCAGCAGGAGGCAGCAUUAUUAACUCAAGAGAACUCGUAAUCUUUCUCCUCACCUUCCCAUUUACGGCUUGUUAGGCCUCCCAGAAGGGAGCAGAGCAGCAGAAGGGCCCUAAUUAGCAUAGUCUAUUAGUUUGUGUUGUUAGGGUACAAUCAAUUCCUGUACAGCAAAUUCUGAACCAGAGGAAGUAGUUGGAAAGAGGGGGAAAAGUGUAACUACAAGGCUGAUAUUGCAUUCCCAUAAACAGCAUAAAGGGUAAAGAAAAAGAAAAGGAAAAGGCUGUAAGGGAGGUUGAUUGAGGAGGGGUAAAAAGAAAAGGAAGAGUAGUCAGACAGUCAGCUGAGUGAAUUCAUAGUACAACUUCUCAUGUUUUCUGUUUCAACUAAUGUUAUGUUGUUGUUACUAUAGUUGUUGUUAUUACUUAAUACAGUGUCAACUACUACUCAUGUCGUCAGACAGAAAGAGGAAGAAAUGUUAAAUUAGUAAAGGAAAGAUCAGCAGCAAGAGAAGGAAAAUCAUCAAUCUUUGUUUCUUUAAUCUUAUAUAAUUGGGGUGAUUCCCUUUCUCUC